AUGGCGGACAAGGAAAUUCAAGAUAUUGUCGAUGAGGUGGAGUUUCAAAACUUCAUUUUGGACGAUCAAAAACAAAAUACACCGGAUGACCAUGUGGCGAUCUCGGAGACAAGGCAGCGGAUCCAGGAGAUGCAAGCUCAACUUAACAAACUCCUUGGGAACAUUGCUCCAAGCUCCCCACCACACGAUCACCAUUCUAAUCCCCAACAUGAACACACUCAACCCACUCCAGAGCCACCUUCUCAGAUGACAUCACAAACCACUCCGACCAGGCCAGAACAGCCUUUUUCUACCUCGAGUCAGUAUUGGCCUUCGUCAGCACCAUCUCCUUUUGGUUUUCAGCAGAAUGGUUACAUUGCGCCAUCCUUGCCGCCGAUAUCCUCGUUCAGUCCUGGCGGAGGAUCUCGCAAACGUCCGCGAGAAGGGUCGAUCGGCUCUCUCGGCUCUCAACAGCCCUCAAAGAAGGCCCUUGUCAGCAAUUCUCAAAGCCGUCUCCAUGCGAUUGACAUGAAGAUGGACCAAGAAAUGGAAAAGCUCCACAAUAAGUAUCGCGCUUUGAAAACGCGCGAAAAGGUUCGUGAGACGGCCAGGUUUGAAGGCGUCUCGGAAGAGCAAGUCCUUCAAGAACUAGAAGAGGAGGAAUUUGAAGCUGAAAAGAGUCUUCGCUCAAUGAAUCAGAUGGAGAAGGAUGAGGAAUUUGCUCGCCUAAUCCAGGCUCAAGAUAAUGAGUUCGAGGAGGUUCAGCCGCAUCUGCAGCCAUAUCCAAGGUUUAAUAUUCCUGAUCGCACCUUGCCCCGCCCUUCUUCCCUGCCAGUCUCAAAAUUUAAGCAGCCCGGAAACAAUUACCGGUCACCUCGGCCAGAAUGUGGUGACUCGGAUGAUGAUCUCGAAGAGAUUACUCCCGACUCUUUCCGUUCAACUCAACCGCCAGGGAUGUACCCUCUUCCCUUGCCGAGCUCUUACCUACCUCCCCAAAUAAAUCCUUAUGGUACAACACCCUAUAUGCAGGCAUAUAAAGGCAUGUCUCCUACCAGUGCGGCCCGAUUCAGACCGCCAGGGACAGGAUACCCUCUUCCUGGGUGGCCUUCGGCUUCUUCUGCCAUGGGUAUGGGCCCUUCACCACUCAUGCCACCUAGACGUCUUCCUUGGAUGCAAAGUCAACAUCCUGAAAUGAAGGCAUUUGAUCUUGUUCGUGAACAGCAGGACAUGGAGGAGGAUGCCAUUGAUUUUGAAAUGUACAAGGAAGAAGAUUUCCCCGAUGACAUCAAAAACUUGCUCACGGGCAUCAAGGAUAUUAACCAAGCCACAAAUGCAGAUGAUGAUGAUUCACCCCGGGAGCUCAAAGUAACGUUGAUGAAACAUCAAAAGAUUGGUCUGGCGUGGAUGAAGGCAAAAGAAGAGAGUAAUCACAAGGGCGGCAUUCUGGCAGAUGACAUGGGUCUUGGGAAAACCAUUCAGACAAUCGCGCUGAUGGUUGCUCGCCCACCGCCGGAGGAUGACCGUCGCCCGUGUCUAAUCGUCGCUCCAAAGGCUUUGAUGGAUCAGUGGAGGCUCGAGAUUGGCCGACAUAUCAAUCCUGGUCGUAGCCAAUUAUCAGUGCUCAUCUUUCACGGUCUGCAGCGUCCUACAUGGAGGGAGCUCAAGAAGCACGAUGUAGUCAUUACGACAUUUGGUACUUUGACUGCUAACCAUAAGAUUGUUGUGCACGCGGAAAAAAUGCAAAGCGAGGGAAAGGACGCAAGCAUUGUCAAACAAAUUCGAGAUACAGCGGUGCUCUUCAGCUCGGUGAGCAAAUGGCAUCGUGUCAUCCUCGAUGAAGCUCAAAAUAUCAAGAACCCCAAUGCAAAGUCGACAAAAGCAUGCACCAGGCUGGAUGCCACCUACCGGUGGUGCCUGACUGGAACGCCUAUGAUGAACCGACUGGAGGACUUCCAAUCUUUGUUGGGAUUCCUUCGCAUCCGGCCUUAUAACAACAAGGAAAAGUUUAAACGGGACUUUGUUCGACCCAUCAAGAAUGGAUGGGGCGAGGAGAAUGUCAUGAAACAACUCCGUGUUCUCGUCAAGUCAGUCUGUUUACGUCGUACAAAGAAGACUAAGAUUGAGGGGCAACCAAUUUUGCAGCUUCCACCGAAGGUCAUUGAGAAAGUCCAUGUUGUUUUCAAUGAGGAGGAAAAGGCGAUCUACGCUGAAUUGAACUCGGACUCUCAAAACCAGAUUCGCAAAUAUUUGGACGCAGGUACUCUGGGUAAGAAUUACAGCCAUGUGCUGGUUCUUCUUCUUCGGCUCAGACAAUGCUGCGACCACCCUCUACUAAUCCGAGGCUUCAAAAACGACAGUUCCACAACCGUCCAAGGCGUGGACCUAGUUGCUAAUGCCAAGCUCCUGGAUGCACAGACAGUGGAACGAAUCAAAAACAACACAGAGGAUGAUGAUGGCGCUUGUCCUAUCUGCAUGGACAGUGUGGAAAAUUCAGUGAUCUACAUUCCAUGUGGACACUCUGUUUGUUCAGAAUGUUUCGCUCGUAUUUCCGACCCUGCCACACUUGCCCACCAGGAUUCUGGCGUCGUCCGGUGCCAAAAUUGCCGUGGGGUUGUUGAUCCCACCAAGGUCACAGAUGAAGUCUCUUUCAAGCAGGUCUACGAUUCAAAUGCCGUACCAGCAGAGGAAUCCGAGCAAUCCGAAGUAACAGGCUCUGACUCUGAUGAUUCCAAUACUGAGACGGACGGAUCGGGUAAAAAGCCCAAGAAGAAAUCUCUUUCGGAACUGCGCGCUGCCGCCCAAAGGAACAAGACCGAGAAACGAAAGUAUCUUCGCCGCCUUGAGAAAUACUGGACACCCAGCGCCAAGAUCACCAAAGCCAUGGAGAUCCUUCAGGCAAAUGAGGAUCGCGGCACUGGUGAAAAAACCAUUAUCUUCAGUCAAUUCACUUCGCUCCUUGACUUGCUUGAAGUUCCCAUCAGCCGGGGUGGAUGGGGAUACGUGCGCUUUGAUGGUACAAUGAAUAUAAAUGAUCGCAAUGCAUCCGUGGCCACUUUCACUGACAACCCGGACUGCAAGAUCAUGCUUGUCUCUCUGAAAGCCGGAAACGCGGGCUUGAACCUCGUUGCCGCGUCCCAUGUCAUCUUGUUUGACCCGUUCUGGAACCCCUAUGUGGAAGACCAAGCCAUUGAUCGAGCACAUCGUAUCGGGCAGACCAGAGAUGUUUUCGUGCACCGGUUGCUCAUUGAGGAGACAGUCGAAGACCGUAUCAUUGAGUUGCAGGAGAAGAAGCGUGAGCUUAUCGAAGGUGCACUGGAUGAAGGUGGUACAAUGAAUGUUUCUCGGCUCGGCACCAGAGAGCUUGCCUACCUUUUUGGUGUGUCGGUUUGA